AAGGCGCCGCCUCAUCUUCGUCGUCUAUCUCUCUCUUCCUCGUCUAUCUCUCUCUCUCACCUCGUUGGCUCUCUCCAUGAGGAGCCCGAUUCCGAUUUAGGGUUUCCUCCAUAUUAAUUUAUAUCAAUUCCAAUUCCACAACCAUCGUCACAAAGCUCUCUGUCGGGGUUAAUUAUAAGCUGCCUCGUAACAAGGAGUUUAUAAAGACUGUAUAUUUAAGUUAUACAACAACAUGCCGAAAGAGAAGAAAGACCGGUCGGAUAAGUAUAGACGAUUAUCGCCACUGUGUUGUGAGUCAAGCCUUGGUUUGAAGAAGCCUAGUGAGAAACAAGUUAAGGAAUGGGAAGAGGCUCGUUGUCCUGUCUGUAUGGAACAUCCUCACAAUGGGAUUCUUCUCAUUUGUUCUUCCUAUGAAAACGGCUGUCGACCUUACAUGUGUAACACUAGCCAUCGCCAUUCUAACUGUUUUGAUCAGUUCCGCAAAGCUUCUAAAGAGAAGCCACCGUCUUUGUCUUUACUUCAUGACCAAGAGGAAAGUCAUGUACCAACAACAACAACUGAGACAGAAGAUCAUGUAGCAUUAGACUCAACUGCUGGCUUAAAUCUAGGAGACGAGGCUGCUGCAUCUGAGGUUAUAGUUGCGAAUUUAGGAGAAGGUGAGAGCAGGGGCGAAGAAUUAGUAGAUGAAGGUAUUGUAGCAACAGAGGACGACCAAGAUAAAAACAAACCACCUAAGCUUACUUGUCCGUUAUGCCGUGGACAUAUAAAAGAAUGGGUAGUCGUGGAACCUGCUCGGUGCUUUAUGAACUCAAAACAUAGAAGCUGUUCUUGUGAGACUUGUGAUUUCAGCGGAACCUACUCCGAUCUGAGAAAGCACGCAAGGGUUCAGCAUCCUGGAGUAAGGCCAUCAGAAGCAGAUCCUGAGAGACAGAGAAGCUGGAGGAGGCUAGAAAGGCAGAGAGAUUUAGGGGAUUUGAUUAGCACACUCCAAUCUUCUUUUGGAGGAGAAGAAAGAAGUAGUGACGAAUUGAAUCUGUUUGAUGAUGGUGGCUUGCUUACAGUGUUCUUGCUCAUCCGCGUGUUUAGACCAGAGUCAAGUGGCCCAAGGAGUAGCUGGUCAGGUACAUCUAGAGCUAGGUCACAGAUUGGUGGGAGAAGAAGAUCUUCAAGACCUUCAAGGCUUUGGGGUGAGAGCUAUGAAGGUAAUACUGGAACAUCAUCUAGAGACGAGGAAAAUAAUCAAUCUUCUGAUGAACAAGAGGCUGGAUCCCGAAGACGUCGUACUAGAAGAAGAGCUUUCAUUGACGAUGAUGAUGAUGAUGAUGAAGAAGAAGAGCUGUGAUGCCUAUUUAAGAUCUACCAAUUUGUGUUUUAAGAGUUUAUGGAGAAGAAAAAAUUGGGGGAACGUUUGUAGUAAUAACCCCACUUAUGAAAACCCUAUUCUGUAAAAUUUAUUUGGAGAUUGAAAAAAAAAGUUUCGACUA